AUGAGCGCUGAAGACCCAAAACCACUGUUCAGGGAUCUGACUGGGGAGGAUCCAGACCCUGAAGUUACACAGAUUGAAUCCUUUUGUAUGAAUUGUCACGCAAAUGGCAUCACAAGGCUCUUACUUACAAGAAUACCACAUUUCAAAAAUGUCGUAGUAAUGUCAUUCUCUUGUGAGGAAUGUGGCUUUGAAAAUAACGAGAUACAGCCUGGUGGAGCUUACGCAGAGAUGGGUGUCAGAUGGAAACUCCGUGUUGAAGAAAGUAUAGACCUGAAUAGACAAGUAGUGAAAAGUGAUUACACAGCAGUCAGGAUACCGGAAUUGGAUUUUGAGAUACCGGCACAGAGCCAGAAAGGAGAGGUAACAACAGUGGAAGGUCUCAUCCAGCGAGCAGUAUCAGGACUAACUCAGGACCAGGAUGCGAGAAGGGCCCAGCAUCCAGAGGACGCUGCUCAGAUUGAUGCCUUUGUAUCAAAACUCCAGGAGUUGAGGGAUCGGAAACCCUGGGUGUUGGAGUUAGAGGAUAUUAGCGGUAACUGUUUCAUAGAAAACCCAGAGGCACCCAGAAAGGACCCUCGCUGCGAGAGAACCGAAUUCAAGCGCAGCAAAGAGCAAAAUCACACUCUGGGCAUUUAUAUGCAGGAGGAGGUGGGACCCCUCCCUGGUGAGAUCACGGCGGCGGACCCGGCGCAGGGCGGCUACGACCGGCUCGUGGCAGACGAGAUCCUGCAGUUCCGUACCAACUGUCCUGACUGCAACGCGCCCGCUGACACCAACAUGAAGCUCACUAACAUUCCGCAUUUCAAAGAAGUAGUGAUAAUGGCGACCGUGUGCGAUGCGUGCGGCCAUCGCACCAAUGAGGUGAAGUCGGGCGGCGGUAUAGAAGACAAAGGUGUGCGGUUCGAAGUCAGGAUAACUAAUAAAGACGACUUUUCUAGGGACAUACUUAAGUCGGAGACAUGCAGCAUGUCGAUCCCGGAGCUGGAGCUGGAGGUGGGCGGGCGCGCGCUGGGCGGGCGGUUCACCACCGCCGAGGGGCUGGUGCGCGCCACGCGCGACCAGCUGGCCGACGCGCCCGCGCUGCGCGGCGACGCGCCCGCGCUCGCCGGGGACAGGAUGGACGAGUUCAUCCGUAAACUGGAUGAAGUUUUGGAGAGCAAGUGUUCCAUCACAUUAGUCUUGGACGACCCCGCGGGCAACUCCUAUGUGCAGAACCUUAACGAUGACCCGCAUCAGUAUGAUGAUGGUCUUAAAGUAACUCGCUAUGAGCGUACUUUUGAACAAAAUGAGGAGCUCGGUUUGAAUGAUAUGAAGACAGAGGGUUAUGAUGGGAAAAGU